GCGGCGGGAGGCGGAUUUUGGGGCAGAGCUUGGAGCCCUCAGCCCAGCGCCGCCUUCUCCCGUCCCGCCGCUUCCUGAGGGGCUUCGGUCGCUCGGCAUGGGGCUGCUGGCCCAGCUGGCCCGCGGGCUGGUGCGGGGCGCUGACCGCAUGUCCCCGUUCACCAGCAAGCGCGGCCCCCGGAGCCACAACAAGGGCCGCGGGGCCAAGAAGCUGGGCGUGCUGACCGCCAACAAGAAGUUCCUCCUCGUCAAGGAGAUGGUGCCGCAGUUCGUCGUCCCCGACCUGGCGGGCUUCAAGCUGAAGCCCUACGUCUCGUACCGCGCCCCCGAGGGCUCCGAGCCGCCGCUGACGGCCAAGCUGCUCUUCAGCGAGGUGGUGGCGCCCCGCAUCGAGAAGGACGUGAAGGAAGGCGCCUUCGACCCCAACGACCUGCAGAAGUACGGCUUCGAGCCCACGCAGGAAGGCAAGCUCUUCCAGCUCUUCCCCAAGAACUACGUGCGCUAGGGAGCGAGCAGGGGGCUGCCCGCAGCCGCUGCCGCGAGCUGUGGUGGGAGAGACUUGGCCUGCGCCCGCAAAUCUGGGACUGUUUCUUUCUGUGGGCAUUAAACGCUGAUCCUACUGCUUUGUCUUUCUGCAAUGUCUGAUUUAAAUCGCGGUGGGGGAACUGACAGCUUGUUCCCCAUCAGUGAGCAGGGAAAUUGUUAGUUGGCUUGCACAGUAUGUAUAAUUGCACGUGUGGGUGUCCUGCUCUCAGACAAGAUAUGAUUGACCACAUGCAGGUAAUCGCAGGAGGGAGUUUCUCUCCAGGCCGCAGAAGCAAAUGUGCCUGACCUGCAGGUACGAGGGAGGGCUCCUCUGCCUCUGGGAGAGUCUGGAGCUGUGGAAUGAGCCACUUCGAGACAAAGCGUCCCUGGUCAGUACUGCCACAGCUCUGCUGCAAGUCGCAAGCACAGCCAAAAGCAGAAUGCUCAAAUUAAUUUCUCCAUAGCUAAAGGGAAAGGUUCCCCUAAAACAGGGAUAGGACCUCUAACAAAGCCUUACCCUAAGCUCUCGGAGCAGGAGCUGUAGCUUAUAUUGAAUGUCACAAUUAUUCCAGACCUUCCCAAGACUUAAAACUACCCUUCUGAAGUAAAUCAAGAUAUGGUUAAUGGUUACAGUGCCUGUUCCUUAGCAGUGCAGGUGCUUGACCUUUGAAGAUAGAUGCUUAAAUUUGAAAUACAUCUCAAGAACUGUCUUUGACAUAGAUUCCUGAAAGAGCUAUGCUUUACAACUCAUAAAAUGAAACACGUACAGGCAGCACUUAAGAGUUAUAUGCAGCUGCUUAUGAAGU